CCCUCGCGCGCACGCCUCCAACUGGCCGCCCGGCUGGCCAUGAAUAAGCGCAACGCAGUGGCAGCGGCGAACGGCGGCCAGGAAAUCGGCUCCCCAACUUCAGAUGACGCCAGUGGAUCUGCAAGUUUUAACCUGCCCGCCGCCAACGACCGUCUGCGCAAUCCAUUCGCAGAUGACGAAGAGGACGAGGAUGGAGCCGGCAGCGGGUCUGGCAGCGAUGAUGGGGAGGCAGAGAACGUGGAGGGUGGCGGCGAUGGCGUGGGCGGCAGCGCUUGGAAUCGCGGCUCAUGGUGGCGCGGUGUUGUGCGCAGCGCCCAGCGCGGCGGUCGGGGCAAGGACGCCGGCGUUGGUGGAGAGCGCGGAAGCCGCAGUGGCGGCAACAGCAAUGGCAAGGAGACCGAACGGUUUGGUGACGGGCGUGACGACAGCGACGAAUCGGAUGGUCCCGGCGACGAAGAAGACGAGGUUGACGACGAGAUCGAGGACGAGGAGUUUGGCGACUUUGCCAUGCCCGAGGUCGUCGAAGGUGGGCAUGUUCCUGCUGUGCCCACUCCUCCCACAUCCGGGUCUAGCGACUUGGUCUCCGGCAUCGAUCCCGCACGCGAGAGAAUCCUCGUCAAGCCGCUACCGGUGCACCCGAACUCGCUCAAGAGCAGCGUCAGCCCCUUUGGCAGCCUGUGGCCCUUCUCGUCACAGGGCUUUGGCCUCAAGGACAAGAAGGACGAGACCGAGGCAGUCUCGGGCGACAGCGCAAAAGACGGCGUCCUUGCUGCCCCGACUGCAAACGACGCGGCUGCCGUGGACAAGAUCACGGAAGAGCCGGUCGAGCUGGGAGCCGACGAGGGCGUCGUCGACGAAGACGGCAAGAAGAUCGACCGCGCCAUCGAGGCCAAGCGGAGGACCAGCAUCGAGGAUCCCGACGACGACGACGAUGACCAGGUCGAUGUCGGGGAGGAGAUCAUCGUG